AUGUGGCCCCCAUUCGGCCCCGCCCGCCACCUCGAUCUCCACCGGCUCCCCGCACACGCUCGGCUCGCCCUCGUUUUCCUCUGGCGCACCCUCCUCUUCCUACUUCGCCUCCCCGCCGUCCCCCAGCUUCUCGCAUUCUACUUCAUCUGGUGCUAUGCCAACCUAACAAUCAUCGAGUACCUUGGGGGCGUCUGGGACCCCGGCUUCCCGAAGCUCUGGACCGCAUGGAUCGCGUUCCUCGUCACCCUCCCCACCUCCGCCGCGCUCAAGCUUGCCUGGCUGCUCGUGGGUCCCUUUUUUUGCCGCAGACUCGCCCGCAAGAAUGACCCCGAGGGCGGCAAUGAGUAUAUCAUGCUCCAGACCGACAGUGGAGAGGGGUUGGCUCAGGACCCCCGCCCCCACCCCCGCUCGCCCCGGACAAGCACCCGCGCCCUCCGGUGUCCGGCGGCCACGCUCCCCUGGGGCGCGCAGAUCGCGCUCUGCGUGCUUAUCGUCCUCCUCGGCCACUACCGGUACCGCAACUACGAACACCCGGGCGAUGUCCGCUUCCGCCCCGCGCUCCACAAGGCCCUCGCAGACCCGUAUCCCAAGCGCAGCGGCUACGCUCCCCGCGCGGAGAAGGUCUUCAUCGCCGCCGCAUUUCACCAGAACGAGGAGGUGCUCCCGUACUGGACCAAGACCAUGCUCGACACCAUCACCUGGCUCGGACCCGACAAUGUCUUCGUAUCCAUCGUCGAGAACUACUCGAGCGACAAGAGCCCCGAACUCCUUCGCGCUUUCGAGGCCGAGCUCGACAGGCGCGGCGUCAAGAACCGCAUCCUCGUCCAAGACGAGUCCGUCAAGCGGUCGCCGAACAUGGAUGGGAACUCGCGCAUCGAGUUCCUCGCAGCGAUCCGCACCCAGGUCCUUAAGCCCCUCCUCCUCACCGGCGGGUACGACCGCGUAUUGUUCUCGAACGACAUCUACAUUGAGCCCGAGUCCGUCCUCGAGCUGCUCGAGACCCGCGAUGGCGACUACGACUUCGCCUGUGGCCUCGACUUUGGCCACUUUGGCGCGUACGACAUGUGGGUCCUCCGCGAUCGCGUCGGGCGGCUCACCGCCGGCAUCUGGCCCUACUUCUUCGACAAGGGCUCCUACGACGCCAUCAAGAAGGAGGACCCCGUGCCCGUCUUCGCCUGCUGGAACGGCAUCGUCGCCUUCCGCGCAGACCCCGUCCUCCCCAUUGCGCUCCGGGCGAACGCGACGCUGUCAACAGCGCGCAUCGAGCACAUGCCCCCAUCGAACCACCCGUGGACAAAGGAGAUCGGGGCGAGCCCCGCCGUGACGCCACCGUUGCGGUUCCGGGCGAGUGCGGAGGGCGAGUGCUACUCGUCUGAGUCUUUCCUCCUCCCGUACGACUUCCGACGGGUGAUGGCGCUCACCAAGAUCUUCGCGAACCCGCGGGUGGUGACCGCGUACGUGUGGAAGUACUACGUCUGGCACAAGUGGGUCCUCCGCGCAAAGUACGUCAAGUGGUUCGUCGAGCACGUCUACGACGGCGCGUGGAUGCAGUACGCGCGUAUGAUCGUCGGCGAUGGCGACCGGGUCUGGACGUGGGAUGGGGUGGACUGUCAUCUGUGGUGGUGA